AUGGAUGGAGGCAAUGUUACAUUAGUGACAGAAUUUAUUCUACUGGGGAUACCACUUACCUAUGACUUUCAGGUCUUACUGUUUGUGAUCCUUUCCAUCUGCUAUGCAAUUACUUUAGUAGGUAAUGCUACAAUAAUUGUAGUUAGCCUGAGCGAUGCCCAACUACACACACCAAUGUACUUCUUCCUCAGCAAUCUAGCAUUCCUUGACAUUAGUUUUACAUCUGCUAUUGUCCCUAAAGUACUUUUUAAUUUAAUCAGUGGGAGCAAAGCCAUAUCUUAUUAUGGGUGUCUUGCUCAAUCGUAUAUCUAUUUCCUAUUGGGCACCACUGAGUUUUUGCUUCUGGCUAUGAUGUCUUUUGAUCGCUAUGUUGCUAUUUGUCAUCCUUUGCGCUAUGGCACUAUCAUGAAACCAAAACUUUGCCUGAAGAUGAUUUUUUGUUCUUGGUUGGGAGGCUUUAUGGACACCAUUGCUCAGACUAUCCUUACAUUUCGCUUGCCUUUUUGUGGUUCCAAUGUUAUUAACCACUACUUCUGUGAUGUUGCGCCUUUGCUUAAAUUGGCCUGUGGAGAUACACAUAUUAUCAGUAUGUUAGACUUUAUACUAGCUUCCUCUUUGGUCUUGGGAUCAUUGUUCUUCUCUUUGGUCUCAUAUGGUUGCAUUAUUUCUGCUAUAGUGAAAAUUUCAUCAGCUUUUGGACGAAGGAAGACAUUCUCUACUUGUGCAUCCCACCUCACUGUAGUCUUCAUUGUCUAUGGCAGCUGUAUCUUCAUGUGUGUCCGCCCCUCUAAAAAUUCCAAGGUGGAUUCCACAAAAAUUGUUGCAUUACUGAACAGCAUAGUAACACCACUCCUUAAUCCCUUUAUCUAUAGCUUUAGGAACAAGAUCUUUAAAGAAGCACUUAAACGCACAAUAAUAAUAAAACCCACUUCCAGAGCCAAAAGUUUUAAACCAUCUUAA